AUGCACAUCUACUGCUCGCCACCAAGCUUCGGGCGCGGGAGCGCCCAGGUAAAAACUAUACACGGAAGCAGUCAAAGUGGUGACACCAUAAGCCCCUGUAAUAUAAGCGCUAGCCGCAAGGGGUCGGGUACCACUCAGCGUAUAUGCAACAGCAUCGAGUGUACAGGUGUAUCUCGAGUGUCCCUAAAGGAAACUAGUACGGUCGCCCCUGGAUCAGCUAUUCAGGGGAGCUCAACUAGGGUACUGAGCUGCGAUUAUAGGGGCAGUGAUGCGACUGGCAAGCAGAGGAUAUACGUGAGCCGCAGGAGCAGCGAUGGCCGCUCAUGA